AGAUGGCGGACGCGAACAAGAAAAGGUGAACCUGGACUGUUUGUUAUAUUUUGUAAUAUUCUCGGAGAUCAAUCGAUGAAAAAUUGCUCUGUGUUCCACAGGAGAUUAUGCGACAUGGAUGCUGAAGAGUUUAUGAUGCAUGGGUUUGAUUCAGACGUUUGUGAGGACGACAACGAACCUAAAAUGGCGGCCAAAAACGUUUCUCAAACAGAAGUUAAAGAUUGCUCCCAGCAACAUACAAAAAAGUCAAAAAGUGCAGAUCAUAAGAACCAGCUUGCAAGGUUAGAGGAAAAGGAUCCUGAGUUCUUCAAGUUUUUGAAGGAAAAUGAUAAAGAGUUACUGGAUUUUAAUGACUCGGAUACUGGCUCAGAGGUGGAAAGUGAUGAUGAUGAUGAUGAUGAUGAUGAUGUUGAAGAUGAUGGUAAAAGCAAAGACAGCAAGAAUGAUAAAAAACACAAAAAAAGCACAGAAAAGACGGAUGAAUCUGAUGAGGAAGAUGAUGAUGAUGACCUGGGUGAGGAAGAUACAGAAAACGAAAAGGAUGUGGGCAAAACAGUUACUCUGGAGAUGAUUAAACAGUGGAGGACAGGGCUUGAGAAAAAUUCACUUCACUCCCUGAAACAAACCCUUCGAGCAUUCCGGUCAGCUGUGCAUGGAGCCCUUGACAUUGGUGGUGAUGACAAGUCACAGCCACGUUUGACAUUCAAAGUUGAGGGAGACACAGUAUUCAAUGCUAUCAUUCAGCUUUGUUUGAAACAAGUUUACCCAGUGCUGUUUCACCAUGUUGGAGGAACACAUAACAAACAUGGAAAAAGAGUUCUUCCUUCUUCGCAUACAAAGUGGUCUCAAGUAAAGACACCAGUCAAACAUUACCUCAAUGAUGUUUUGCAGCUCCUGCGGACCCUUGCUGAACCGUCUAUGUUGUGUGUAAUCUUGCGGCAUGCACAGCAGUUGUCUCCUUACUAUGCAUGCUUCCCCAAGGUGGCUAGAGCUUUUAUUAAGCGAUCAGUCAGAAUGUGGAGCCGUGGUGAAGAACAUGUCAGGGUUCUUGCUUUCCUUGGCAUCAGAAAUGUCGCUACCAUGAUGCCAUCUUCACUCUUAGAGUUUUCUGUCAAGCAAUUGUACAUGAAUUUUGUGAAGAAUACAAAGUUUACGUCUCCUAAGACAAAGCCAGUCAUCACCUUCAUGCAGAACUCGCUUGUGGAGAUUUUCAGUUUGGACGAUCAUCUUACUUACCAACAUGGGUUUGUGUACAUCAGGCAACUUGCAAUUCACCUCAGGAAUGCUAUUAUGCAGAAAAAGAAGGCUUCAUAUCAGUCGGUAUAUAACUGGCAGUAUAUUCACUGUCUUCAUCUUUGGUGCCGUAUAGUCAGUGAAGUGAAGAGCAAUGGUCUCCUUGAUCCACUUAUUUAUCCUUUGGUACAAACAGUCAUCGGAGCUAUCAAACUCGUCCCCGCUGCGAGGUAUUAUCCCCUGAGAUUUCAUUGUAUUCGUUCUCUAAACCUGCUGUCCCAGUCGACAGACACUUAUAUACCAGUGGCGCCGUUUUUAUUGGAGAUCCUUGAGUCUGCAGAAUUCAACAAGAAAACCAAAAUGUCCACAGCAAAGCCGACCGAGUUUUCGUGCAUACUGAAAGUCUCCAAACAGCAGCUAGGGACUAAACCUUACCAGGAUGCUGUGGUGGAUCACAUAUUUGAAUUACUUCUGGAGUUCUUCUCCGUGCAUGCGCACUCAAUAGCCUUCCCUGAAAUCGCUCUCCCUGCUGUAGUGAGGUUAAGGAAAUUCAUCAAGACAACCAGCGUUCCAAAAUAUCGAAAGCAGCUCAAGCAACUUGUUGACAAGAUCGAAGAAACAUCGACUGAGGUGACAAACCGUCGCUCUAAAGUGUCCUUCAGUCCUAAAGACAUUGAUGAAGUGGAGAGGUGGACAGCUCAAUACAGACAGCAACCAAAUGCUAUUGUGAAGUUCUACAAGACUUGGAAAGCCAUGAAACCAUCCGUAACACAGAAUGAAGAGUUAGCAGAGGGUGAAAACGACAUGAACGAGGAAACUUCCGACGAUGAACAAAUAGAAACUCCAAAGAGAAAGCGUGGUAGCUCUGACAAUAAGAAAGAACAAGAGAAGCAAACGACGAAGAAAAUGAAAAAGAAUUUAAAGAAACCCGCGGGUGAGAAGAAUACACAGACAACGAAUGAAUCUAUGGAUGCAGACAAGGAAGACAUUGUGGAAGACUUUCAGUUUUCUUCUGAAGAAGAUUAGCGAUGAUGUCAUGUACAAAAAAAACUUUGAGAAAUAAUCCGUCGUAAUUUGUCAAAUCCAACUCGUGAUGGCUGAAUGCCGUUAGGUAGAAGUAAAUACAGAUACUGAGGGAAUUGAGAA